AUGGCAUCGAGCAGUAGCAGCAGCAGCAACAGCGCGCCCUUCUGCCUCGUCAAGAGCAGCAUCAAUGUCGACGAGACGUUCGACGUGCCCCAUAUUGUCGCGCCGGGAGAGACCCUCUCGUCGACCGGCCUCACGUCGCGCCCCGGCGGCAAGGGCGCCAACGUGAGCGCCGCCAUCGCUCUGGCCGGCGCACCCGUCCGCUUCUCGGGCGCCGUCGGGAGCGACGCCCCGUGGCCCCUCGACGAGCUCGCCUGCCGCGGCGUCGACAUUGAUGGCGUCGAGACGCUCAAGGACCAGCCCACCGGCCGCGCCUUUAUCCAGAUCGCCGCCGAUGGCGAAAACUCGAUCGUGCUCCUCAAGGGCGCAAACUACGCCACGUCGUCGAGCACGUCGGACCCAGAGACGGUCUUCAGCUCGGCCCCCAGGCUCAUCACCCACCUCGUCGUGCACAACGAGAUCCCCCUCGCCGUCACCACCGCGUUCCUCGAAUACGCCCAGAGGACCCGGAGCGGCGGCCAGGCGCCCCGCAUCACGUCCAUCUUCAACCCGAGCCCCAUGCCGACGCCCGACGAGCUGCGCAGCUUCCCGUGGUCGGCCAUCGACGUCCUCAUCGUCAACGAGGGCGAGGGGUCCGAGCUGCUAAACGCCCUCGACGCCCGCGGCGCCGAUGCCGUCCCCUCGGACCUGGUCCAGGGAUCCGAUGAGCGCUCCCGCCGCGUCGUCGAUGCCCUCGCCGACCUCGAGGCGCUCAAGCACACGGCCUGGAUCGUCCUCACCCGCGGCUCGCGCGGCGUCAUGGCCCGCAUCCAGGUCGCCCCCGCCGCAUCGCCCGCGCAGCGCACCUUCUUCAGCCUGCCCUCGCCCAAGCCGAGGCAGGUGCGCGACACGACGGGAGCGGGCGACACGUUCGCCGGCAACCUCGUCGCCGCCCUCAUGGGCGUCAACCUCUCCGAGUCGGCGGCACGCAACGCCGACGGCGAUGACGUCGAGAGCGCAACCCAGCAAGCGUCAGCCGCCGCAAAGUCCGACGACCAUGUCAACCGCGUACUCACCUGGGCAUGCAUGGCCGCCAGCGUCGCCUGCGAGACGGUCGGGGCCAUGCGCUCGAUCCCGAAAGCCGAAGACGUCAAGGCCAGGCUGGCAUAG